ACCUUUCGCAAUACUCUAUAAACUUUCAGAAUAUCCAAUACGCGUUUUUUAGGCAUUUUCUCCAUUUAUAAAACUCUUUCUUUUUAUAAAUAAUAACUUAUAACAUUUGAAUCGACUAUAUUUGAAAACCAAAAGAAUGAAGCGAAAAGGAACCUUCCAAUCACCUUUAAUUGAAAAAGACAUUAACACGGUUAAAACCAAUUCAACUCAAAUUACUGCUUCAUCAAAACUUAAACUAGAUAAUGAAUCAAACGAGGUUGCAAAAGACCAAGUAUAUUGCACUAUUCUCUGGCGAAAGAUAACCAUGAAAAAACAUAAAACUUGGGAAGGAGAUGGCUAUAUGGUUUGUGAAGGAAGUAACUAUACUAUUUAUAAUGCGGAUUGGUCAAAAAUUGGGAGUAGUACUAUACGCGAUUUUUCGUUUGAUGAAGGUGAUAUGUUUCGUGUGGGAGGAAAAGAAAUAACUGUGGAAAAUAUGAUGUCAAAAGAAGAGUUUAAUAGUGGAUGUCUUUCAAAUCGCCAAUUGAAUGAUGUGCAUCUUCCAGAUACGUACAUGUCGAGGAAAAAGGGUUCUUUCCAAAGUCCAAUUAAUCAGACAUCGAACUUGCCUCGCAGGCCACGAGUCGCACAACAGCCAAGGCAUGACCCAAAUGCUGCUGGAUCUUUAGUAAUGCAAAGACCAAUGUCGUGGAAUGACGAGGAACAUGUCGAUGUCGUCGUGGAUACCUUCCUAAGCAAACAGUUACAGCCUCAUCAACGCGAAGGAAUUUGCUUUCUCUACAAUUGCUUAACAGGUAUCAGUAAUAAGUACGGGCGUUGUGCUAUACUAGCUGAUGAAAUGGGAUUGGGUAAAACGCUGCAAACGAUAACGGUUAUUUGGACAUUACUAAAACAAAACUAUCAAGCGAGUCAAAACAAUACGAUUAAGAAUGUUAUGGUAGUAACACCAGUCACUCUCUUACAGAAUUGGCAUGACGAAUUUUAUAAGUGGCUUGGUCGUGAACGCAUUUAUGUUUGUAUGGCUAAAAGUCAAGCAGACUUUGAAGAGUUCUUUCGCAACCGAAAUUAUUCUGUAUUAAUUAUAGGUUAUGAAAUGGCUUGCUGCUGUAUUCGUAAAACAACUCUACCCGGGAAAAUAGACUUGCUGGUUUGUGAUGAAGCCCAUCGAUUGAAAUCCAUGCAAAGUCAAGCUUGGAUUGUAUUACAUAAAUUAAAAAUCGAAAGAAAAUUAUUGUUAACUGGAACUCCAAUGCAAAAUGAUUUGAUGGAAUUUUACUCAAUGGUAAAUUUCCUUAUCCCUGGAUUGUUUGGAAGCGUUUCGUCUUUUAAAAAUCAGUUUGAGAAACCUAUAGUUAGAAGUAGAGCAAUGUUUGCUACUCAAAGAGACCAAGAAUUGGGUAGUGCAAGAUUAAGUAGAUUACUGGAAUACACGAAAGAUUUUAUCCUCCGAAGAAAAACGAGUGUGCUAGCUAAACAUCUUCCUCCCAGGCAUGACAUUACUUUUUUCAUUAGCCCUACUGCUUGCCAAAAGCGAAGUUACAAAGAAGCUCUGAAAAACUAUAAGAACUACAGUCAAGAGGAAAAGAAAGGAAAACAUUUGGUUACACUAUCAACUUUGAGUCAGAUAUGUAACAGUUCUCUUCUAGUUGAUAAGUUGCACUUGGAACACAUAGGUAUUCGAGAUUUACUUAAAUCUUCUGGGAAGUUAGAGGUUAUUAAGUCGCUUUUGGAACUAUUUUCCACGCAAAAAGCAAAAGCCGUCAUUGUUUCACAGUUUACCGAAACAUUGAAACUCUUACAGAGAUUAUUGUUGGAACUAAAAAUUCCGUAUUUGACAUUGCUUGGAAGUACUCCACACUCAGAAAGAGGUAGUCUUGUUGAAAAAUUUAAUAAGUCAACCUUCGAUGAGACUUCGGUGCUUUUACUGUCCAGCAAGGCUGGUGGAUGCGGACUUAAUCUUACAGGAGGGAGUAGACUUAUUCUUUUUGAGCCUAGUUGGAAUCCAGCACAGGAUUUGCAGGCACUUUCUCGAAUAUAUCGGACCGGUCAGAGACAUUCCACGGGAAUUUAUGUACUGUUGAGUGCUGGUAUGCUCGAUGAACGUAUAUAUAUCCGACAGAAUACGAAACAAGGUUUGUCGGAUUCAUUCCUUGAUUCUGAUGAAAGUCAAAGACAAAACUGUUUUGCUUCAGACGAUUUAAGGGAAUUAUUUACAUAUGAUGAAAAUGAAGUUUGUUUGAUCAACCAGUUGCUACAUAAAUCGAGCCUUAUGUGCCAAGAGAAAAACUCACUGAAGAGUGAAAAUACUGAUGAUAAUUUUAUUGAGCAUAAUCAUGACAUGAUGUCGUUAUCGGAAGACAAUACUAAUAGCGCGUGGAAGAAAGCAUCAGAAUAUCGAGUACCGCAAUAUGAGUUAAUUUCCAUAGCAAAUGCUUUUUCUGAUUGGAACUGGAUUUUCCAAACCUCAGAGAUAUAUGAAGCUGGAGUAAGUUGUCUCAUUCCACAAAAUGAAGGGUUUAUAAAUUGUUUUAUGUAUAGAAUUUAUUCUUGA